UCAGCGCUCCCUGGAUGCUCCAAGGCCACUGCGGAGUCUGGAGGUCAGCAGCUCUCCGCAGGCACGCAGGUCUCCUGACUAGCGGCUUAACCUUCCAGUCCCCACAAGGCUCGCUAGCUCACUUGCUCGCCCGGGCGACAGUGAAGGUCGGGGUCUGCAGUCUAAUCCCUGCAGUCCACCACCGCGAACGGCCUCCUGUCCCGGGGAGUUUGAAAAUGCGGUUCCUGAAAGGGCAUUUCUGAUCAUUCUCUUUCAAGGACACAAUCGAGCCCGAAGAAAAAGCGCAGUUUCUUCGAGGACAUUUCUGGAGAUCUUAGAAGCAUUUCUACCAUGGAAUCUAUCUCUGUGAUGGGAAGCCCCAAGAGCCUGGAGACUUUUUUGCCUAAUGGCAUAAAUGGUAUCAAAGAUGCAAGGAAGGUCACCGUAGGCGUGAUAGGAAGUGGGGAUUUUGCCAAGUCUCUGACCAUUCGGCUUAUUAGGUGUGGCUACCACGUGGUCAUAGGAAGCAGAAAUCCUAAGUUUGCGUCUGAAUUUUUUCCUCAUGUGGUAGAUGUCACCCACCAUGAAGACGCGUUAACAAAAACAAAUAUAAUAUUUGUGGCUAUCCAUAGAGAACAUUACACCUCCCUGUGGGACCUGAGACACCUGCUUGUGGGCAAAAUCCUGAUUGACGUCAGCAACAACAUGAGGGUAAAUCAGUACCCAGAGUCCAACGCCGAGUACCUGGCUUCGCUCUUCCCGGACUCGCUGAUUGUCAAAGGAUUUAAUGUCAUCUCAGCUUGGGCACUUCAGUUAGGGCCCAAGGAUGCCAGCCGCCAGGUCUAUAUAUGCAGCAACAACAUCCAGGCUCGACAACAGGUUAUUGAACUUGCCCGUCAGUUGAAUUUUGUUCCUGUUGACCUGGGAUCCUUAUCAUCAGCCAAGGAGAUUGAAAAUUUACCCCUGCGACUGUUUACUCUCUGGAGGGGACCAGUGGUCGUGGCCAUAAGCCUGGCCACGUUUUUCUUCCUUUAUUCCUUUGUCAGAGAUGUGAUACAUCCAUAUGCCCAAAACCAGCAGAGUGACUUUUACAAGAUCCCUAUUGAGAUUGUGAACAAAACCUUGCCUAUAGUCGCCAUUACUUUGCUGUCCCUGGUGUACCUGGCGGGCCUCCUGGCAGCUACGUACCAGCUUUAUUACGGCACCAAGUACCGCAGAUUCCCACCGUGGCUGGACACGUGGCUGCAGUGCAGGAAGCAGCUGGGACUGCUGAGCUUUUUCUUUGCUGUUGUCCACGUGGCCUACAGCCUCUGCUUACCGAUGAGAAGGUCAGAAAGAUACUUGUUUCUCAACAUGGCUUAUCAGCAGGUUCAUGCGAAUAUUGAAAAUGCCUGGAAUGAGGAAGAGGUUUGGAGAAUUGAAAUGUACAUCUCCUUUGGCAUCAUGAGCCUGGGCUUACUGUCCCUCCUGGCAGUCACUUCAAUCCCUUCAGUGAGCAACGCCUUAAACUGGAGGGAAUUCAACUUUAUUCAGUCUACGCUCGGCUACGUGGCUCUGCUCAUCAGCACUUUCCACGUGCUAAUUUACGGAUGGAAACGCGCUUUUACCGAAGAGUACUACCGCUUUUACACCCCUCCGAACUUCGUCCUUGCGCUGGUCUUACCCUCGGUUGUAAUUGUGGGGAAGAUGAUUUUACUCCUCCCGUGCAUCAGCCGAAAGCUAAAAAGAAUUAAAAAGGGCUGGGAAAAGAGCCAGUUUCUAGAAGAAAGCCUGGGAGGAACAGUUCCUCAUCUGUCCCCAGAGAGGGUCACAGUGAUGUGAGCAGAAGAGGUGCUCACUGACGCCGUACCCACCGCGGCUCACGCCAUCUUCUACGCCCCCUCCACGCUCCCUGUAGGUGGACUGACUGUCGCUGCAGUAGGAAACCUGGCAGCACAGUGUCAGCUGAGCGGGGAUAGGAUUUUCUCCAAGUUAGUUUUCAUAAAUGUCAUAUUUUGCCAACAUGAAAUUUUGCAGCCCACAUGUAUUGUUCCAAUCUGGGAAUAUUUUCUUUUGUGCAACUGUAACGGAAGCAUUGUUUUAACUCUAUUGCACAAUCAGGCAGAAAUAUUUGUAGUUGAUCAUAUAGAACAUUUAAAAUACUUGGCAAGCCAACAGAAUUUGAAACUUGUAAUAUUACUGAGUGGGUAUACUUUUUCCCUGAGGCUACAGAUUUUAAUUAUCACCCAGUUUAAGAAGCAGAAAUGCGUAAGGAUUGAGGAGGGACACACCAUAAUAGUAUCUAGGGUGCACAGGAGCAAUCGUAUACUUUCAUCAGAUGGGACGGGAAAGAUGCCAUCAAUUACAAAGCCGUGCGAGAAUGUGAGCUCACACAAAUUAAAGACAAACCUGAAAUCGUAUUUAAAACGCACUGCAGGCAUGGAAUGGAUGCUGCUAACACCCAGCUCGUGAGAGCUUUGUCUCUUAUGUUACAGAGCAGUUCCGUUUUCGUAGCCACAUCAAUCAGGGAAGACUCAGCGACUUGGUUCUCAAGCUGUUGUUUUGAGUAUAGUUCCAGCCCCAGGAACUGUAGAAAUUACCAGGUUUGCACGUUGCACGUGCGUGCAUAUUUGCCACUUAGGCCUGUCACCAUUCUUCUGAGUGGAGUUCCUGGUGUUCACCAAGGGAACGGGGCAUGGUUCUGAGCAUUUGUCUUGUCCCAUUUAAUAUUUACAACAAAUCUAUAAAAUGGUUACGUUAUCUUCAUUUUACAUAUGGGGAAACUGAAGGAUGGAAAAGUUCAGUUUGCCUAAGGCCCCACGGUGAGUAGGUGGCAGGGUGAGCACUCAUGGCCGGGCAGUCAUCCUUCAGAAGCCGUUGCUUCAUGAGACAUCAGGAUAGACAACCCCUGCCCCAUCUCCAUGCACUACAUUCAUGAUGUCAGGCGAGAUGUUUCCUUUCUUGUAUAGCCAUUGGCAGUCUUUGGAGUAUGCUGUGUGCGUCCAAAGAUGUAUAGAUAUAUGUUAAUCCUAAUUUUGUGAUUGCCUGGAAGCCCGCAAUAGCGCAGCACCUCCCUGUGCAGUGCAGGGCUGUGCAGGGAGAGGAUCCUGGCAGUGUGGAGGAACUGCUGCGGUCCUGCAGCUCUUAGACACUCCCAUCGGUGGCCAUGUCCUUUGCUGCGGUCCUGCAGCUCUUAGACACUCCCAUCGGGCGGCCAUGUCCUCUGCUCUUCCUGGGAAGUCUCCUGCCUUCACUACCAUUCAUGAGGAAGCAGUUUAAGAGCACGAAGGACAACAGGACAAGUGGCUCAUUAUAAAUCUUCUCCAGAGACAUACAAGCUUAUAGAUUAUUCAUAAACUUUCUCAGUGCUAGUCUUCCAUGUGUGAACUGCAUUUUGCUCAAACUUUGGGAUAUAUCGCAUUUUCUCCAUUUGUUCCUUAUUUAUCAUAGUACAAAGUUAGAAAAGAGAUGUAAUUUUGUUCCUUAUUUAUCAUAGUACAAAGUUAGAAAAGAGAUGUAAUUAUGUGUAUUCUUCCUAAAAUUGUAUCACUUCCAAAGUUACCUACUGACCCGAAUCCAACCAUCAAAAAUAAAAUGACUUAUUUUUGUGGAA